UUAUCCUUCUCCGCUCUCCCAGCGCGUGAACCGCGUUCCACAGGGAUCCUUCAUGGUCUGUCUUCCUUGGAAAGCUGCCCCCAAUCCCCGUACUGCGUUCACACGCCGCAACUCCCUCCCUCACAUAUAAAUCCCACGGUUCUUGUUCCUACCCACCGUUCAUCCUCGGUCUUCGCCUCCGGCCUCGAUUGCUUCCUCUUUUCCCAUCGGGACCUUCCAUUGUCUCCUUUCUUCUACCGGCCCCGGUCAUCUAUCGAUUGACCGAUACAACUACUUUCCGUAUAUGAACAGUUGCCCGGCCGCCGACACCAUCCAGCCCGUCCUCGACGACUUCUCGUUCUACAUCUCCUUCUUCCAGGACUCUUCCGCCACCGCAUCCCCUUCGCCCCCGCCGUCGUCCUCCGACAUGCCCAAGGGCCGCCGGAGACGCGAUACCGGCGCAGCCACCGCUGGAAACGAGAGGAGGAGGAAACGGAGGAAGAUCGCCAAUCUGCUGACCUCCAUUGCGUCGAUCGACGUGCAGCAUGAGUCCCAGCGGCGCGAGUCUGACGACGACUGGGAGCUCUCACUCGAGGAGAACCACCACCAAAAGGCCGAGGCUGUACUCGACCAUUACUGCCGCCUCGAGGAAAGCCUCACCGCCCUCGAAAACGACGCUGGCACCCUUCGCUCCAAACGCAUCCGCCUCACCGCCUCUGCUUCGGCGGCCUCCGCUUCAGCCGAGGGCGAGGGCGAGGCCGACGCCGCCAGAGGCAUAGGCGGCCACCAGCAACGGAGACUCUGGGUGAAGGAUCGGUCGCAAGCGUGGUGGGACCGAUGCAACCAUCCCGACUUCCCCGAGGCCGAGUUCCGGCUGGCGUUCCGGAUGGGCCGUGCCACGUUUGACAUGAUCUGCGAGAAGCUCGGGUCGGCAGUGGCGAAGGAGGACACGACGCUCCGCGCCGCUAUCCCCGUCCGGCAGCGGGUGGCUGUGUGCAUCUGGCGGUUGGCCACCGGCGAACCUCUCCGCCUCGUCUCGAAACGGUUCGGGCUCGGCAUUUCCACCUGCCACAAGCUUGUCCUCGAGGUCUGCAACGCGAUCAAGACUCUACUCAUGCCAAGGUUCCUCCAAUGGCCCGACGACGACGACGCUACCCAAGCAAAAUCCCGCUUCGAGGCACCAUCCGGGAUCCCCAAUGUCAUCGGAUCCAUGUACACCACUCAUAUCCCCAUCAUCGCGCCCAAGGUCAGUGUCGCCUCCUACUUCAACCGCCGGCACACGGAGCGCAAUCAGAAAACUUCUUAUUCCAUCACCGUCCAGGGGGUGGUCGACCCUGACGGGGUGUUCACGGACGUUUGCAUUGGGUGGCCCGGUUCGAUGCAUGACGACCAGGUGCUUGAGGAAUCGGCUCUUUACAGGAGGGCAGCUACCGGGAUACUCAAGAACACUUGGAUUGUCGGGAGCUCGGGUUAUCCUCUGAUGGACCAGGUAUUGGAUAUGAUUUGUUGGUGGACAUGCUGCGGUAUAUGUCUCCAACUCAUGUUGUUCAGAUGCGUGUCUCCGUUGAGAGUAAGAAUCUUCCAACUGGGUUUUUCUGGCUAGAAGAAAAUGAGAAGACUUCAGUUAAUCUGAUUGAAAUUCCUACAGUAUAUGAACCCUCUACUCGAUUGGUGCUAAUAAAAAACGAUGCUUGUAUUAUCCGAGAUCUUCGACUGGUUGCUUAUUUUAGACAAUGCCUGCCAAGAGAGUUGGACAUCUCAACUUACAAGGAGCUUGCUGAUUGUUUGGCUUCUAUUACUCCUUAUGAAGUCCCUCUCUCAAGAAUAAAAGUGAAGCAUCUCCACCAGCAGGUUAUCAGGAUUCACGUCAUGGAUAUAGGCUCCCUGCUUUCAUAGGUUCCAAGUAGUGAAGUGAACCACAGCUUGAAUGCUACCAUUGUUGGUCUGGCAGUUCGUUCAUGUGUGCCUCCCUCAUCUGAGCAUUGCACACCUUGGUGUGUUGGACUUGGUGAGUACCAUUGGUGAUGACUUUUUAUUAUACUAGAACAUGUUCUCAAAGAGACUGUAUGCUCAGUACCUGAAAAUGGCCUCUGUUUUUUCUUUUGCCUGGCAUUUAUCUUGUAUGUGGUCAGUACAUCCAAUGGAC